GUGUUACGUUUGUAUAGUAAUACAGCAAAGGCAAGGAUACAAGAUGUUAUUAUCCAAAAUUUUAGGAAAGGAAGUGUCAUGGCAACGUUGAUGGUUAUAGCUACCAUUCGUUCAGGCGCUGAACGUGAAGACGCAGAAAAUGAAAUCUUGUAUACAAUGAUAAUAGAGACAAAAGAUGGUUAUCUUGGUCAGAUUCCCGUAGGCGAGAUUAUUGUUCAAGGUGCUCCACCUCCACCUAAUGUCCAGAUAGUUUCCAAGCAGCCUAAAUACGCCGUCUUAUCGUUGGUUCGUCCAACAUUCUUCAAGCAAUACGAGAUUGUUUCUUAUAGCAUCCGAUACAAAAAACACGGUAAAAGCGAUGAUGCCUACAAAACUGUGGAAACCGUGAAAGAUAAGGAUGGUACAAUGAAAGGUGUAGUAACAGGACUGGACCCUGGUCAGUUUUAUUUCGUACAGGUGGCGUCACACCGUACUGUUUCAAUGAAUGCGGAAGGGAGUAUCAAGUACAAGACACUAGAAGUGGAUACUCCAGAUAUCAUGAUGAAACAAGUGAUGCUCACCAUCGUUCUCCCGGUAGGAUUAGCAAUAAUCAUUGCUGUUGUCAUACUAUUCUGUAUUAGACCGUAUGUCAGAAGCGAAGUUCAGGCUGAUGGUCAUCCUCCACAUAUGAUACCUACCCGACAGUUUGUGCCGCGUGAAGAAAACUUAUACGACAUUGGAAGACUUUUGGAAGAAUUCCCUUGCAGAUGGAAGGAAAUUCCCCGAGAAGAUGUAACCRUAGGAAAAGAGCUUGGAGCAGGUGCUUUUGGAACUGUUGUUAGAGCAGAACUGAAACGAGAUGGU